CAAAUUCUUAGUUGCAGUUGCACUAGGUUUGAAUCAAUUUUCCGUUGCACGCAACCGGAAAACCCUGAUGUCUGUAAAAGAGGGGAGAGUGUUUGACGCGCGUGACGUUUCUCGCCGAAGUAGAUCCAAAUCUAGCGAAAACGGGAGCCAAAAAUAAACAUUUAGGUUAAACAACUGAACAAAGAUGACAUCUGUUUCAAUAUUUUGUUGUUUUCGACAUUGUACUGACGGCGUAAACGGCUACCGAUUCUCGUCAAAGGCACAAAAUGCCCCCAAAGAAAAUCCUAUUCAGUUAGACACACAGUUUAUGGGAUAUGAGGUGGUUAUUGUGAAAUCUGGACAGCGAUUAUGCGGGGCAGGUGCGGCGUUGGGUAAUGCACCUCUGGUGCAGUCCAAGGCAUACUUUGAGGUGAAAAUUCAACAAGGUGGUUCUUGGUCAAUUGGUUUGGCUACAAGACAGACUGAUCUCAGUUUAACACAAGGUGGAAUGGAUGAAUAUUCAUGGGCUUUAUGUAGUGAUAACAUAAUUAGACAUAAUAAGCAGGAUAUAUAUAAGAUAGGCACACCCACAAAUAUAAUCUCAAAUGGAACCAAUAUGACACCAUUAGCACCUCAGGAAGGCGACAUUAUAGGCAUAUCUUAUGAUCAUAUUCAAUUAAAGUUUUUCUUAAAUGGUGCUGAAUUGGAGUAUCCUGUCACAAAUGUAAAGGGAACAGUGUAUCCAGCAUUGUAUGUUGAUGACGGUGCAAUUCUGGAUGUAAUCCUUGAAAGUUUCAAUUUCCCGCCGCCAUCGGGUUUUGAUAAAAUCAUGUUGGAACAAUCUUUACUAUAAGCUCAUUCAUCAUCUUGCAUAACUUACUCUCUUCACCUAUUUAAUUAAUUUUCACACUUCACUAUCCCUCUUAUAAUCUUUAAAAUGAGUCUUAUGCAUUAAUCCCCUCACACUACGUAUAAAGACGACAUUUUUCAAACGCUAUAUCGAAAACGUGCUCUUACUCACCUAUCUAUAUCUAUUCUUGAUAAGAAAAGUAAUUUAACAUUAUAAACAAAAACAAAAGAUCAAAUAUUAAGUACAUAUGUGUUAAACGUAAUUGGUUCUUGUUUCUUGCUGAAUUCUUUUCAAAUAUUUACUAAAUGUUUCGACCACAAAAUAUUCGGCUUUGAGUGUUCAGUUAUUCGCAUUCAAUUGAAGUUAUCGACCAGUUUGUAGAAAUUUUCUGAUUUGAUUAUAUAAAGACUUAUUAAACAUUUUGUAAAUAGAGAGUAGCAAAAUUGUAUUUAUUAUAAAUUUUAGGGUGGUCGCAAAUGAAAUGUGUACAUAUAUUUUUGUAUUGCUUACACUUUUAUCAAUUAGUUCUCGUGAUUGCCAAGAGGCGAAGAGGCGCUACGUUUGAACCAAAUCAAUGAACAGCGCUUGUGUUAAAACCAGACUUGUAAAGGCCGUGUGAUUAACUUAUUAAGAAAGAAAAUGGAAUGAAUGCAUUAUGUUAUUACUUUGUUUCUUGGUAAAUAAUUAAUAAAUGUCCAUAAAUAUAUAA